CGGAUGUGCCCGGCGCCGGAAGAGAAGCGGGUCUCUUCGGGGCCGGCCAUCUUGUGCGGCAGCGAGCAGGGUGCGGGGGGCCCGGCAGCAUCGGAGGAGGAUCCCGCCGACGGGGGCCCAUCAUGCCCGGACACCUGCAGGAGGGCUUCGGCUGCGUCGUCACCAACCGCUUCGACCAGCUCUUUGAUGACGAGUCCGACCCCUUCGAGGUGCUGCGGGCGGCCGAGACCCGCAGGAAAGAGAGCGGCGGCGGCGGCGGGAGCCAGGGGGGCGGCGGGGCCCGCGGCGGUCCGGCGGGCGCCCAGACCAACUCCUCCGGUGGGGCCGGGGCCGGCGGCACGGGCCAGGCGGGCGCCGGCGGUGGCGUGGGCAGCGCGGCCAAGCAGCUGCGCAGGGAGUCCCAGAAGGAGCGCAAGAACCCGCUGCCCCCCUUCGCUGCCUCCGCCGGGGGCGCCCCCGACCGCCGGGAGGAGGGCAGCGGCCAGCCCGGAGCGCCGCUGCGGAAGGAGGGGAUAAGACGCAUUGGCAGGAGGCCUGAUCAGCAGCAGCAGCAGCAGGGUGAAGGCAAACCGAUUGACAGGAGACCAGAGAGACGACCUCCUCGUGAGCGCCGCUUCGACAAACCUGAUGAGAAAGAAGGAGGAGAAUUUUCUGUGGAUAAACCUAUUAUUGACCGACCUAUGCGUGGACGUGGUGGACUUGGCCGAGGACGUGGCCGCGGCCGUGGCAUGGGCAGAGGAGAUGGGUUUGACUCUCGUGGCAAGCGUGAAUUUGACAGACAUAGUGGCAGCGAUAGAUCUUCUGUUUCACAUUCACAUUUCAGCGGCCUAAAGCAUGAGGACAAGCGUGGUGGCAGUGGAUCACACAACUGGGGAACCGUCAAAGACGAGCUAACUGAAUUGGAUCAGUCGGCUGCAACUGAGGAAACGCCAGAGGGAGAGGAGCAUCCGCCUGCUGAUUCUGAAAAUAAAGAGAAUGAGGUUGAAGAAGUUAAGGAAGAAGGCCCUAAGGAAAUGACCCUGGAUGAGUGGAAAGCAAUUCAAAGUAAGGAUCGUGCAAAAGUUGAGUUCAACAUCCGUAAACCAAAUGAGGGUGCUGAUGGGCAAUGGAAAAAAGGAUUUGUUCUUCACAAGUCAAAGAGCGAGGAGACAAAGGCGAUGACAGAAAUGCAGGGGAGUCUGCUGGAGUCAAAUGAGGCUCAUGCUGAGGACUCUGUAAUGGAUCAUCACUUCCGCAAGCCAGCAAAUGAUAUUACAUCCCAGCUGGAGAUCAACUUUGGAGACCUUGGCCGCCCCGGACGUGGUGGCAGAGGGGGACGGGGUGGCCGAGGACGUGGUGGCAGGGCCAGCCGUGGAGGCAGAACUGACAAGUUGGUGAAGGAGUUUGAUGUGAUCCACACACCCAACCAGUCAAGUGCUUCUGCUCCUGAUGUAGAUGACCCAGAGGCUUUCCCAGCUCUGUCCUAAACUGGAUGUCAUAAGCCACCCCUGCCCUCGUCGGGCCUUCCUCUCCGAGGCUUGCAUGCUUAAGGAUCCUAAACAACUAAGAAAUUUAAAAACAAAACAAAAAAAAAAGAAAAAAAAAGAAAAAAAGAGACUGUCAUUCAUACCAUUCACACCUAAAGACUGAAUUUUAUCUGUUUUGAAAAUGAACUUCUCUCGCUACACAGAAGCAACAAUAUGGUAGUCAGUUUUGUAUUUAGAAAUGUAAUGGUAGCAGGGAUGUUUUCAUAAUUUUUUCAGAGAUUAUGCAUUCUUCAUGGAUACUUUUUUGUAUUGCUGCUUGAAAAUAUGCGUUUCCAAACUUGAAAUAUAGGUGUGAACAGUGUGUACCAGUUAAAAGCUUUCACUUCAUUUGUGGUUUUUAUUUGGUUUAUUCUGGAUUUUAGACAUUUCCCCCCCCCAAAAAAAAAACUUCAAACUGGGUUUUAAUUCUUGCACACUAUUUCCAUUUCCUUAACUCCUGUUGAGCAGAUUCUUAUCAGCCCAUGGUCUUUUGGAAUAUGUGGAAUUUUAAUUCAGCAGACUGUUAGUGCUGUAUGGAAUUCCAAUUCCUGGAGUACUUUAGGAUUAAUCCUUGCUUUCAGACUUGGAAAAAACAGUCAUUUUUCACCUACGUUUGGUAGUUUGUUAAUGCAGAAAAUCUUUAUACAAGAUUGAUAGCAGAUACGUGCGGAAAGACUCAAAGCACAUUGGUUUAUAGUGAAAUACCUGUGUGUUGAUCCAGCAAUGAUGCGUGGAUAAUUGGUCUUCAAACAGUUUUUAACAACUAAUGUAUUACACCUUUCACUCGCCCCUUUUACCUUUCUUCUGUUCCCCCCUCCUCCUCCCUUCAACAGAACAAGAUGCUUUGUUGGAAAAAAGAAAGAAAAAAGAGUUUUUAAAUUACUGAUGCUUUUUCUUUUGAGGGGAUACCCUGGAGAUGGAGAUCGGCUGUUGCUGGAGCUGGGAGGGGGGGAAGGUGGUAGCUGUUGCUCCGGUGAGUCCAUCCAGACUCCACCUGGGAACUGGAACUGAAUAGCAGAGUGUUGACAUGGGUACAUCAGCACCUGAUGUAUUCACAGCACUGCUCCAACAGUGGCAGGUCUUCAGAAGAAGAGCCCGCCAGCCAUGGCUGGGUCUGGCAAGAGGGAGUUUUGCUUUCCCAUUCCAGAUGGGAACGUCACAAUGUGUGUGAUUACAACUAAAUAGAUGCAAACCAAACCCCCAAGGCUUAACCUCCCCCUCAGAGCUGUGCCUGGCUCUGUGCAGUGUUGGACACCCAAUGGCUAGCUGACAAAUGAAUGUUUUUUCAGAUUGUAAGAAACAUUUUCUACCCCUGUAGAAAUUCACUGUAGGUUUAAUUUAAAUCCCUGUGACAGGAACGUUGCCACUUCAGGACGCAAAAAGGAGUUGAGAGAAUGACUGAUCAAGAGGGUUUCUUAAGGGUUUUUAUCUGCAGCAUUUGUUAGGAGAGUAGAAACAGGUUUCUCCUUUUAUUUAAUGUUUUACACUUUGGACAGCUUAUAACAUAUUUGUAGUUUCUUAACUAGGUAGAUAGAAAACAAAAGGUAAUGCCCUAUUUUUUUAAAAGCUGUACAGGACAGGCAAAAAGUAUUGGAGACCUUUGAAUAUGAAAUAUCAGACUCCUUAAUUGUGGUGUUCAGCUGGCUUGCUUUCUCUAAACUGUUUUCUACAGAAGUUUUUGUUGUAAACCGCUGUUAAUACCAUUGCAUUAGAGGUUUUAGUGCACUCACCUAUAGUUUGAAGUACCAGGCUGUGAGAAGGAGGCAAGUUUUCAAACAGUGGAUGGUAUCAAAAUCUCUUGGUUCGUUUCUCUGCUGAUAUUACCCAGGUGCUCAGCGUGGAAGCUGCUGCAGGUCCAGCACUGAAUUGUUCCUCUUCCCUCUCCCUUUGUGGUAAGGUAGAAUGUGCUGCAGUUCCAGCAUUGUGGACACCUCGGAUAACACAUACCUUGAUGUGCAGAAACACACUUAAGGAAAAGCUUUCUCUGUAACAUAAACCUUCCUCUCCUUAACCCAAACUGUGUUUUGCUGUUUCCGUUGCCAUUCAGCUUUGCAGAUGAGUUCUGGGCUAGCCAGUGCAUGGUUUGGGCCCUGCUGGCUGGGCUUGCUCAGGAGCUUCCCCUUCUCCUGCUAUGGAGCAUAGAGCGGUUUCCCAAAUGGCACAUCUGAUUUUCAAGACAGCUUGUACUUAACAAUGGGUCCAUCUGCUGUUCUGAUAGAUGUAAAUUUGCCUCUUUCAGUCCAUUUGUGUCAAGAACUAAAACUGUGAACAUUUAUCUUUAAUAUUGGUGGGUGUGAACUGAAAUAAAGGUUUAUUUUCA